UCGAAAACAAUAACACUGAUUUGGCGAAUGUUCACGUUUGGAGUCGAUCCGUUUUUUUUCUCCUCGCACCGUCCGCAAAGAUUUCGUAUGGUUUAUUAGUUUUUACAGCUAUCAUAGCCACUACCGCCGGUUUUCAGACUUAUCGGAUUACCGCCGACCGAACACUUAAGACACUGCGCGACUAACCCUCUAAGGACCGGGCGUCGAUCUUAUGAAAUUAAAACGACAUUCCUACUGACUACGUGCAAAAGGACAUUUAAGUAGAAGUAGUAACAAUUAUAUUAAUAUAAUUAAUAAUUACUAAGUGUUUAAUAUACCUAAAUACAACAAAAUACAAAAGCACUAUGGCGGAUCCGAUAGAGCCGAAAAACAUUGCAGACGACGUGAUCGUCCCAGGGGCACCUGGUGAUAAGAGGAAGAUGUCAUCAGACAUGAGUCCAGAACAGACCAACGUCAUAAAAAAACUAAAAGAGAGCAAAGCGCAACCGGACACGUUGUGCCAGUGUCCCCAAAAGUGUUCAGAACGUGUACCGCAGCGAUCCAAGGAUGAGUUGUUUAAAAUGUUUGUAGAAAUGGACAGCGAAGAUGUACAAAAUAAAUUUUUACAGAAGUUUAUUGAAGCUCGACCUGUUGCCAAUCGAUUGUUUAGUAAAGAGACCACAGCUAAUGGUAAACUAUUAAGAAGAAUUCAUUGCAAGUACAGAAUACCUUCUUUCGUAUCUGAGGAUUUUAUGUCAAAUAUAAAUUGCGACUCUGACAAAGAUGAAGAAUCAGACUUUGAUGAAACAUCUUCGGUGGCGUCUUUGGAUUCCAAAGAAGAGAAUGACAAGUCUUUAGAAAGUGAUUCAACAGAAACAUCAAGAAAGUCAUUAAGUCGUUACAAUUGUGUAGAUGUUUGUCAAAAAGCAUUUCUCAAUCUGUUUGGUUUAUCAGAUAAACGUUUAAAAACUGUUAGAGAAUUAUUGAUAAUUAAAGCUCGUCAAAAGCACAUGAAACGUAUGAUGGAAAAAGAAGAAAAUCAAAUAGAAGUAUCUUUAGCUAAGGAUCUUGCACAGGGUUGUUUGCCAUUGAUGGCACUAUUUAAUAAAGAAGAUAGUAAGAAAGUAUCUGAUCAGUUGAUGACUGCUAUCAGCAAUGAUAUAAAUUUAGUAAAUAACUUCUUUUGCAAUCAGCUAUGGAAACCAGAGUACAUUAACCAAAAGCCAUCUGAAUGAGUAUAAAUUAUUUUUAAAUGUAAUUGAUUGGAUUAUAGUAUUGUUUAAAUCAAUUGCCACGUACUACUUUAAUACAAGUCCAAUUCAAUGUUGUUCUGAAUUCAGGGGAUUAUACUUAAUGUAAAUUUUUAUAUUAUUAUACUAGUUUAUGUCAGUUGACUGGGGUUGUUAAAAUAUGUAUAUUGUCUAACUAUUCUAUGUUUUUAAUUACUUAUUUUGGUAUAAUACCUAAUAAAAUAAGUAAUGUUUUAAGACCUGAUAAUAUAUUUUUUUAAAGUUAAAUGAUUAUAUAUUAUUAUAAUCUAUUAUCGAUGUACAAGAACAAAAUAUAAACAUAAAUACAAAAUUUUAAGUUUUAAGUUUAUUUUAAUGUUUUAUUAUAAUUAUUAUUAUGAUAUAUAUAUAUUUUUAUCUUAUAAGAAACAUAGAAUUAUGAUUGGCUCUUGGUUUAUUUUAUUUUUAUUGUAGUCUUAAAAUGUUAACAAAAAAUAAACCUUAUUAAAUAGUACAAAGCAAAGUAAAUAGGAGACAAAACACUAGCGUUACAUUAAGUUUUUGUUUAACUUAAUAUUUUAUUAUGGUGUCUAAAUUAUGUUAUACAUUACUUGCAGAUGUAUUAUAAAUUUGAAUUAAUAAAGGAUGAUACAUUUGUUCUGUACAUUUAGAAAUUAAGUAAGAAUUUAAUAUUCCUUUUUUAGAUUUUAAGAUUAGUAGCCUCCAUUAAUUUUGUAUGAUUUAAUUUCGUCCGAUUAUGCUUAUAUUAUUGUCAGUAUUUAUUUUAGUUUUUUUUUUUUUUAUAAACCCCUAAUUAUGCAUUUGUAUGACUCCAUUUUUGUUUUAUUUUUUAUAUUGGUACUAUAAUUAUUCUAAGGGAGAUGAUACCAAAUCCACAUUAAUUAUGGUGGUCUUAAUUAUACCAAACACCCAACAACUAUUAAUUGUCAAAUGGGUUACAUCAUUUUAUAUAUUAUAUUAUAUACAUUUUUACUUUUUAACUAUAUUUUUACUAAAACGACUAUUAUUUUUACAUGUAAACUAUAAUUCAAGAUCCAAAUUAGAUUAUAAGAUGUGUUAAUAACUUGUGACGAAUUUAUAAUAGUAAUACAUAGAAACUAUAUUUGAUAAAA